GAACUUUUGUUUGUUUUUUAACCUUGUCGCGUGCUUUUCGUCCGGUUGAGCGAAUCCCGAACAAUGAAAACGUGAGGUCGGGGGUCUGCUCCACUUGUGGACAGAAGCAGCCAGCAGCUGCUGCAUUGCCUCACUGGGUUCGCUUGGGACAACGCAGAGUAAAUUUGGUCUUUGCCGAAUUACAAUGGCGACAACAGACCAAGCCAUGUCCUUCCUGCUCGGCGACGUGUCCAGCGAAAAUCCAUACGAAGAAGUGGCUCACAUUGGCACGGGCGCAUUCGGCACAGUGUACAAGGCACGCGACCGUCACAAUGAUGGACGCAUGGUGGCCUUGAAGAAAGUGCGCGUACCCCUCAGUGAGGAAGGCAUCCCAACAGCCAUGCUUCGUGAGAUCAGCUUCUUACGCCAGCUGGAUGCCGCUCAGCACCCAAACGUUGUGCGCCUCCUCGAUAUCUGCCACGGUUGUAGGAUGGAGCGCGAGCUCGUCGUCUUCCUGGUCUUCGAGCACAUUGACCAAGACCUCGCCGGCUUCCUGGAUAGAUGUCCUGAACCUGGCCUGGAGCCCUCUUUGCUCCUGUGGCUUCUCAAGCAGCUGCUUACAGGAGUGGAGUUCCUGCAUUCGCAUCGCAUUGUGCAUCGCGACCUCAAGCCUCAGAACGUUCUGGUGACGGCGCAGUGGCAGCUGAAGCUGGCCGACUUCGGGCUGGCCCGGUUGUAUGAGCGUCACAUGUCGUUGACCCCUGUUGUGGUCACGCUGUGGUACCGGCCCCCGGAAGUACUUCUACAGGCCAGCUACGGUCCUCCGGUGGACCUCUGGAGCUGCGGAUGCAUCCUGGCCGAGAUGGCACGACGCAAGCCACUGUUUGGAGGUCGCUCGGAAGGGGAGCAGUUGGCUCGGAUCUUAGAGCUCUUGGGUCUGCCAUCUGAAGAUGAGUGGCCUCCUGAGGCAGCUGUUUCCCGGAGCUCCUUUGGAAGGGGGAGGAUUUCUGAUGAAGCCCUGAAGGACGCGGUGCCACAACUAGAUGCCCUCACCCUGGACCUCUUACGACAAAUGCUUCGCUUUGGGCCGGACCGGCGCGUCACAGCAAAGGCUGCCUUGACACAUCCAUGCCUGAUCGGGGUCUCUGCACCCUGAAGUUAUCCACACCUUUGUCAUUGGACUCAUUCUACAGUCUGUCGGUGGUGCUUGAUGCAUUCCAACGCUGUUCGGUUCAACACUCUCCCGGUCGUAUUAUCUGUGCCUUGUGAUGCUACAACAAUUCACAUGCUUCGUUUGGUCUCUGGUGAAUUUUGGGGUGUUAGCUACCUUGAGAUUUGAUACUGGUGGUUGCCAGUCUAAAAAAUACCAACGUAUUUUAUAAUGAAUUUCGCUUGUCAUACAGUUUCAAGCCUUCUACAGUGUUUCUCGUGCAGAUACUGCAGAAUACACAUUCAAAGAGAGGAGCUAGUAUUGUGGUCAACAUUGCCACAUUCUGUGGUCAGAUGUUUCGGACUUCAUGUUCUUGCUGUACCUUCUCGUUUUUUUCUCCCUUUUUUUUUAGUUUUUUGUAUUGUUUUUACAUGGAACAUUGCUGCUGGCUUCAAAAGAUGGCAUUAGAAGGUUCUUGGAUGGUUGAUGGUGUUAUUUAAUUGAACAAAUUGAAAGUCUACGGGCACACAUCUGCAGUAUGUUUUUCAUUAGUGCAGUUUGGCUGCUCCUUCGGUCUCCAUCAGAAGAUUAUAGCAAUUUGCUUUGAUUAUUAUUUUAAUAUUUUGGGAAGCCAUGUGUUCAGCUUGUAGUAAUCAUAGGCUUAUCCUGUGAUUCUUGCAUUGUGGCUACUGAAUUGUUUGGUUGGUUGAAGGUGCUGUGAAUCUGUUCAGAGAUAUGUCGCUGCAUUUAAAAAGGUAGGAUUACUGUAUUAUACAUACAUACAGUACGACCCAAAGACAACCCUGUAGGUUCCUGGGAGAAAUGUUCCUACAUCAACAAGUUCAGAGUAAGGUACAAAAGAAACAACACCAGAUUUUUUUUUUUUUUUUUUUUUUAAUGCGAUAGUUAUGGGCGUUAGCAGAACUUUUUCCUGGGGCGUGCACACUUAUAGCACCCCCGCCCCCUCCCGGGGGGGGAGGGGGGGGGGGGGGGGAAUGUUGGCGAUGUUGGCUAUUUUCAGCACAUUUCCACUUUACUCUCUACCUGCUCUCACAGCUGCACCCUGGGUUUGGGGCUACAAACCACUGAUCUCUCUGACAAUUGCGAAAUCACACUUUCCGCUCCCGCGAGUGAAGCCACCGUACGGUUAUCUUGCAUGUCGAAAAAUCGCGUUUUUUGAGCGUUGCGGAGGCUGGCGGCAGCGUGCUGAAGACAUUUUCUACUCGUUCGUCAUCAUUCGCCGAAGAAGUUCUUUAAAACCAUCUGUAAGCCAUGAAGCUUGCCAUUGAGAACGCAUGGAAAUUUUUACAGAAGCGCAGUGUCGCAGAAAAAAGGCACAACGCGUCGGAAGUAAGUUUCGCCGGUCUCGCGGCAAAAUCAAAACUUCCUUGCCCCCCCCCCCCCCCCCUUCCUUUUUUUUUUUUUUUCUUUUUCUUUUUUUUUUUUCUGGGCGGGGGUGGGGGGGGGGGCUUUUAUACUUGUCGUUUUCUCAAUAGCCAUUUUCAAUUUCCGAUACUAAAUAGCAUGUUGGGAACAGUAGAUCCAUAGUAUUCAGAAAAUGUAGUUAGUUUGGGUAGCUAAAAAAUGCCGGAGUACCCUUUAACUGGUGUGGGUGCAGCUCCCCCCUCUUGCACCCCCCUCGAAAUUCCAAGGGAGGGGGGGGGGGGGGGGGGGCGGGCAACUGCCCCCCUUGCACCCCUCUGUGGACGCCCAUGACGAUAGCCUUCUUCAGUUAAUAAAUUUUCAUCCAUAUAUAUUCUGGCCUCAAAUGCUUUCCCCACUAAAUUUAGUGAAAAAUUUACGUCGGGUGACCUAUCCACAAAUUCAGCUUUCCCCCUAUAUUUAGCGGAAAAUUUAGUCACAUGACCUAUGCGCCAAUUCAGUUUCCUGGCUAAAUUUAGCCGAAAAUUUAUGUCGGGUGGCCUGUGCACCAAUUCAGUUUUCCCACAAAAUUUAGCGGCAAAUUCAUGUCACAUGACCUAUGCAGCAGUUCAGUUUCCCCACUAAAUUUGACUUGAAAAUUGACGUCAUGACCUAUGCACCAAUUCAGGUUCCCUGCUAAAUGUGGGAAAAUUGACUUCGCAAGACUUACAGACGAAUUCAAGUUCCCCCUAAAUUUAGCGGAAAAUUUACAUCAUGGGUCCUAUGCACCCAUUCAGGUUCCCCGCUAAAUUUAGUGGGGAACCGAACACCUGCCCAUUUGUGCAACGAUAAAUGCUAUUGGAUUCUUAGAUAAUCACCCCUGUGUUCUACAAA